CCCGGGCUGGCGGGGGCGGCUGGCGGGCCGCGGGCAGGAGGGCGGGCGGCGGGGCCGGGACCGACCACGAUGCCCCGGCGGAAGCAGAGCCACCCGCAGCCGGUGAAGGCGGAAGCCGAGGACGGCCCCGAGGAGACGGCGGGAGCGGCGCUGGUGCUGCCCGGCGACCUGCUGCUAGGCCGCGGCCUGGCCUGCGAGAAGGGACCGCCAGCAGAGGCACUGGUGGGGAAGAUCGCCAUCCCAGCGUACGCGCUGAGCGACGACGACUGCUCCUCCGGGUACCAGCAGCUGAGCGUGGACAGCGACCCUGAGGAAGGCGGCGAGCCCGGCCCUGCAGCGCUGCCCUGCCGCCAGUGUGGGCUGCAGCUGGCUGCCAGCCUGGGCCAGAGCUGCCUGCAGUGCGCCGGCACCGAGGGCGGCCGCAACCAACGCAUCGUGUACACCUGCCAGCUCUGUCCCUUCGCCUCCCACUACUCCAGUCACCUCAAGCGCCACAUGAAGACACACAACGGGGAGAAGCCGUUUGCGUGCCCGCAGUGUGCCUACGCCUCAGCCCAGCUGGUGAACCUGACCCGCCACCUGCGCACGCACACCGGGGAGAAGCCCUACCGCUGUACGGGCUGCAGCUUUGCCUGCAGCAGCCUGGGCAACCUCAAACGCCACGAACGGGUCCACAGCCAGGACAAGCCCUUCCAGUGUGCCGCUUGCGACUACCGCUGCAACCAGAGCCGCAACCUGAAGCGGCACAUGCUCAGCCACCGCCUGCCUGAAGGCGAGGGGCAGCACCAGCAGGACAAGGACCCAGAGCCACUGCUGCCGGAGCUGAACCUGCACAUGGGCAGCGGCACCGGCCCCUUCCUGCCCGGCUGCGCGCGGCUGCGGGGCGAGGAGACGGCAGCGCUGCCCGAGCUGCUCUUCCCCUUUACGUGCCGCAUGUGUGGGCUGGUGCUGGACGAUGGGUUCGCACAGGACGAGGGCCUGGCCGAGCAGGUCUGCGGGCGCUGCAGCCUGGCGGUGCUGGGCACCGAGCCGGGCGCCAGCCCUCGUAAAGGCACCGGGGACAAAGGCUUCGCUUGCAGCCUCUGCCCCUUUGUCACCCACUACCCCAACCACUUGGCACGGCACAUGAAGACGCACAGCGGGGAGAAGCCGUUCGCCUGCCCGCUCUGCCCCUACGCCUCCGCCCACCUCGACAACCUGAAGCGGCACCAGCGUGUGCACACGGGUGAGAAGCCCUACAAGUGCCAGCUCUGUGACUACGCCUGCGGCAACCUGGCCAACCUCAAGCGCCACGGGCGCAUCCACUCGGGUGACAAGCCCUUCCAGUGCAGCCUCUGCAGUUACAGCUGCAACCAGAGCAUGAACCUGAAGCGGCACAUGCUGCGACACACGGGCGAGAAGCCCUUCCAGUGCCGGGACUGCACCUACACCACUGGCCACUGGGACAACUACAAGCGCCACCAGAAAAUCCACGGCCACACGGCUGAGAAUUGGGUCAACCCACGCAACGCCAAAGCCCUCCUGGCUCCUCCUGCCGUGGACACGGCCCUGCCCUGAACAGCACUUAGUCUGGCUGCAGGGGCUUGGCCCCACGCUGGGCCCUGGGGGGGCCACAGGGCACCCCAGUCCCUCAUCAGCUGCGGCCCCUGCCCUCCCUGGGGGAGGGAUGGGCAACAAAUUCCCCUGGGCUCAGGGCUGCCUUAAGCAGGGCCCACUGCCCUGGGAGGGGUAUCUUGCAGCCCUAUGCUGCCUGUGGUGGGGCCAUGCCCUUGCCACCACAGGGUGGCACCAGCCUGUUCCUCCUGCCCGUCAGAGCCUUCCUCCGCCAGCAUAUGGGGAAAGGGAGGAGGGGGAGAACAGGACUGGUUCUGUGGCUGCUGCCAUACCGGUCAGUGUAAUUUAUAUUGUGUAUAAAAGCAUUAAACAGUCAGUUUUGUUAUCCGG